AUGGUCAAUGACCCUAAACCGGCUCUGAGGAACCGCAAAACCGCUGGCGGUUCGGCUAAAAAUCAAUCUCCUGUGUCUCUAUCUCCAAGCCUAGAAGCACGGGCUCGAAAACCUCCUUCAGCACAAGCCGCUGCGGCUGCAUUAGCAAGCCACGCUACCCAGCAACAACAACGACCACUAACUCUCACAAAUAUCUUCAUCGCAGGAGCCUUUCUCAAAAUCCUACUUUUUUGCGCAUACCAUUCUACGGAUUUUGAAGUCCACAGAAAUUGGCUUGCCAUUACAGCAAAUCUUCCUUUACGGGAUUGGUACACAGAAGCAACCUCCCAAUGGACACUCGACUACCCUCCCUUCUUCGCGUAUUUUGAGUACUACCUCACUUGGUUUGUUCCCAAAGUAGUCAAAGACGAUGGUGCUCUCGAUAUUGUUGAACAAGGGACUUACGGCUGGCCCACAAUUGUAUUUCAACGCACAACCGUCAUUAUCACGGAAAUUGUGCUUUUCCUCGCACUACAAUACUAUAUCGACACUGCUGGGGAACAACCUGACGACGAAGCUACUUCUUAUGCUAUUCUCUCGCCAAAACACAGCGAUUCAAACAGCGACUCUGAGUCCACUGAUUCCCAGGCUGCUACCUCUCUUAAAAGAUACCGCAAGCUUCAGGCAUUUUCUGUAGCUGCCUCAAUCGCCCUUUCACCUGGGCUGCUCAUCAUCGAUCACAUACAUUUCCAGUACAAUGGCUUCAUGUAUGGCAUUUUAAUAUUUUCUCUCGUCGCUGCUUUAAAUAACAAACCACUUCUUUCUGGAGCCCUUUUUGCUAUUCUUCUAUGCUUUAAACAUAUUUACCUUUACAUCGCUCCUGCAUACUUUGUAUACUUGCUACGCAUUUACGUUCUCGACUCUCCUAAACCACUAUCUCGGAUAUCAAACAGCUCAUCAGCACUUUAUUCCCCCGUCUGGCCUAUUAAAGGAAUCAAUUGGUCAAACACUGUCCGUCUGGGUGCUGCUGUAAUUACUCCUUUCUUUUUAGCUUUUGCUCCAUUUGUCUACUAUGGCAAAAUACCUGCUCUUCUGUCACGUCUCUUCCCUUUCUCGCGUGGCCUUACCCAUGCUUACUGGGCACCCAAUAUUUGGGCUGUUUACUCAUUCACAGACCGCAUUCUUGGGUUUAUCAAGGGCACUAGUAUUGCCGGAUCCACCCGUGGUAUUGUCGGUGACGUCAAUUUUAGUGUUUUGCCAGAAAUUACCCCUAAACUCACAUUUUACCUCACUCUUUUUUACAUGAUUUUAACUCUUAUUCCUCUUUUCCUCUGGCCAACUCGCCAUCGCUUCUUGGCUUCGGUGGCUCUCUGUGGCUAUGCUUCUUUCUUAUUCGGCUGGCACGUCCAUGAAAAGGCAAUUCUGCUCGUCAUUUUCCCCCUCUCAUUUGUUGCUCUACGGGAUUCCCGUAUCCUUUCCACUUUUGUUCCUCUUACGGUCGCCGGUUAUAUUUCUCUCUUCCCCCUUAUUUUUACUUCUGGCGAAUCUCUUUUAAAAACAGGAUAUACUUUUGUCUGGUUUGUCAUGUUUCAUCUUUCCUUUAAAAAUCUCGUUCAAACACGAAAAGUCCAAAGACACAUCUUUUUACUCGACAGAGCAGUUCUUAUUUACAUGGUUGGCUUUGUUCCAUUAAUGCUCUCAGGAUUUGUUUUGGAACGCGUGUUUUCUGGUAAAUUUGAAUUUGCCUAUCUUAUGUCAAUUAGUGUUUACUGCUCAAUCGGCGUUAUCGGCUCAUGGGCAAGUUUCUCCUGGCUUUACUUUUUUGAUGAAGAAAUUUGGUUGUAG